AUGUACUACCAUUUCGACUAUGUUGGCCGCCCCAAGAGCUGGAAGUCUGCAAACAACAACAACCUACCCAAAGUCUACAAAGAACUCUUCCAGACGUACGAACGCGGUGCCGACAGAAUCUGGGUCUUCAACGUCGGCGAUAUCAAGCCUGUCGAGGUACCACUUUCCUUCGCAUUAGAUCUCGCGUGGAAUGUGUCGCGCUUCGAUUUCGACAUGAUCCCGGCAUACCUUGAAGCACUCGCCGCGCGCGACUUUGGUCCGGAAUAUGCGGAGCUGAUUGCCUCUGGUUUGCUCGAGUACAGCCAUCUAGUGGGACUACGGAAAUUUGAACUCAUCGAGCCGACCACGUACUCGAUUCUGAAUUUCCGCGAAGCAGAGACGGUCCUCGGCCAUUGGAAGGAUCUCGCAGAGAGCGCAGAGCAGAUUCAUGACUCCCUCCCAGCAGACCGUCGCCACGCUCUAUACCACCUCUUGACAUACCCUGCCAAGUCCGGAUAUCUCUAUUACCAGACAUUGCUCGGCCAGGGCCAAAACCGGCAAUACGCCUUUGAGCGCCGAAACUCGGCCAAUACCGUCGCGCGCGAUGUCCUGGAGCUCUUUGAAGACGACUACGACCUAACGCAGACGUACACUCACAUCGCUGAUGGCAAAUGGAAGGGGAUCAUGUCGACGCCGAAAUUCGACAUGGGGGUUGCGGACUGGCGGCCUUCGUCGAGAGAUGUCCUUGCGAACCUUUCCUAUGUCCAGCAGCGACAGGACUUUGAUUACGGGUUUGGGAAUUUGGGCAUCUAUGUUGAGCAGUCGCUUACUGCGUAUCGCCAGGCCAGGAUCUGUGCGUCAAUUAAUCCGUCUUUACCGACUGAGGAGGGCCUAUCACCUGUCUUACCCGUGAUGGAUCCAUAUGGCCCAGAAACGAGGAUCGUCGAGCUAUUCCACCGAGGUGAUCAUCGCAAACCGCUACCCUGGUCCAUCGACAAUCCGUACCCCUGGCUGCACAUCUCAAAGACAUCUGGCACACUCACAAAACAUACCCCGGACGAACGCGUGGAGAUAUCCAUCGACUGGUCCGCCCUCCCAACAAACUACACCGAGACAAUCUCCCUCCGCGUCACGUGGGAGCCGGCGCCGUACUUUGAGCUCCUCCACAUUCCGGUCAGCAAUCUCCGCGUUCCGGGAGAUUUCACCGGGUACCCCGAGUCCGCGGGGCUCGUCUCGAUCGAGGCGCCGGGGUACCAGCGCUCGUCGUCCGGUUCCGUGGCAUAA